CAACAGGCAAGGCAAACAAGUAAAGAAUUGGAAAUGGCUGAAGAAGAAAAUUUAGAUCUGAUUUAUGAUACCAACCGUGAAAGAAUACAGAUUCCAAGAAAUCUAAAAUCUAAAGUAGAAAGAUCAAAAUCAUCCAGUGUUUCACACCAGAUGGUGGAGAUUGAACCUACUGAGACAGUCUCUGAACAAUCAACUGUGCAGUCCAAAGCAGUAGGAUUCGCCUUGAAAGAUGACACAACAAAUAAAACAAAAGAUACAUUGUGUAAAGAUAAAAACAGCUUUACAUCACAUUUAAUCAAAAUUGCAAAUAGAACUUCUACAAUAAAAAGGUUUGACGUCACUGACUUUACUGACCUUCCUGUGGUGGAUGAAGAUGAAUUCGUUAUUCAUGAUAUUACAGAUUUUGAAAAUGGUUCUAAAAGUUGCAACAAGAAAACUGUAAAAAAUCCUAUUGAUAGCAAAAAGAAUAAAAAAAAGGAAAAGAAUGUUCCACAUGAGGUGCUUAACGUUACUUAUACCAGUGCAAGGAAGAUGGAUAAUAGUGCUACAGAUUCAAGGAAGAGCCAAAAGAAUGGAAGAGAUUCAUCAUCUCCAUUAAUAGAUAAAGAGAAAAAAUCAAGAUCUACUGAGGUAGACAGGUUAGUUUUGCAGAAAUAUUUGCAGGCUGAUGUUGAUGACCAGAACGAGAGCAUCUCCUCAAGACCCAAAAGAGUGUCUGCACCACCGUCAUCUUGGUGGGUAGUAAAACAAGCCGGAAGGAAUUGUACAUUUGAUGUGGAGGAAGCCUUCCCACAAUAUUCACCAAAAAGCAAAAGAAAAGCAUCUGCUGACUCAAGGGAGCCUUCAGAAUUGCAAAAGGAUAAGGAAGAAAGUUUUGAGCUGAAAGUGAGUGGACCACUAGGUCAGUAUGAAGAGAAAGCUUUGAAAGACAGUGAUGAAAAAGCAUCAAAGACCUUAAAUACUAGGAAAAGAAGAAAAAAACUAAAAAGCGUUGAAAGCAAAGAAACCGCAGGACCAUCAAAAGUGAAAAAACGUAAAAAGAACGAUCAUAAAAUAUCACAAACAUUCACAAUAAAAAAAAAAAAGUCCGCAAAACUCUGGAAUCAACUGGAAGAAGAGACACAGGAAAGUGACACCGCAAGUCCUCAGGAUAAUGAUUUG